AACGAUAAGUCAGGCCACGAACGAUAUCUGUGCCAGUGAUGUGGAAGAGAUUCCGCCAAAGAACGCAAGAGACAUACUCCCCCGUAGGCAGCAAGUACCGUCGUAUGAUUUGAUCCACUUGCCAAUUCGCCGGCGCAGUCGCCAAGAAGUAUUUCACUGUUGGUUAGCCACCUCAGCUUGCUGUACUUGUACAACAUACGAUCAUCCACUUGCUCCAGAGCGAGCUUUGAUUCUUGCGGCAGAGCAUCUUGCUGUUCAGGUGUGAGCAUGAAAGUCUCUGGCUUGGUUGAGUUGAGCAGAAACUGCCCUGAAGCAGACGCCAUCUGGUGUGAGGCAACGUAAUGCGUUCGAGGGUAUGCGCUCAGAUGACUCGCUGCAACGACUCUAGACGAAGAGGAAUCUGGAUCGCAAAAAUCACGGGAACCGAAAGCGGGACGGGCGAUCUUGUGGGUCUUAUGAGGAACAGAGGUCUCCAAGCGGUGCGCGGACCUUUCUUUGUCAGGUCGGUCGUCUGAACGGCCAGCAGCUGUCAAAAGAUGCGCAAGGGCCAGGAAGCUUUGGCAUGUUUGGCAAAUAAGCCGAGACGCCGGUGAAACGUCUGCAGUCAGAGGCACAAGAGCAGCGCUUCUUUUGCGUCUUUCAUCAUGGCUUACUUGGCGGUCUGUGCAGCGUCAACAGAUGCUUCGUUGACCAUCGAGAGUCAGGCUAGAUGAGAUGAUGUGAAGCACAGCGCGCAGGGUGUAGAAGCACUGAGGCGGACAAGACACAAGGAUGUCAAGGGAAUGAAGAUAGCAUGAGGACAAAUGUUGUGUAAAUCAAAGAGCCGACUUUGAAACGAUC